CGUGGGAAGGGACGAGUGGGAGAAGGUCAGGUCGCGCAGGCGCCAGCCCCGAACUUCCCACGGGCUGAUCAGUCGUGCGUGGCACUUGACACGCGUUGCGUCUUUUCGUUUCAGUUCUCUCGGAUUCCCUUACGGAUCGCGUCUCUUUCGUCCACCCGCUUGUACUCCGCUUUUCUCUCGCUCCCUCUCUUUCUCUGUCUGUCUCUCUCUCUCUCUCUCCCUCUCUCUCCCUCCCUCUGCCUCUGCUCUCGCCGUUACCAACGUAUUUCCUCUCGUCUUUUCUUUCUUUUUUUUUUUUUUUCCACUUUUCUUUCGCCCACCCUUCUCGUCCGUCCACCCGCCACGGUGUUUUCGUCUGGUUUCCCGUGUGUUCUCUGCCGUUUGCAAACUCGACCGGCAUUGGAACGUUCGGUGCUUUCGUCGCAGCAGAACGACGCGGAUUUCGGAUCGUUCUGGAUGGAAAUCGCGAUUUCGUCGCGACGACGCGGGACGCCAGAAACGGUGCAUAGGUGAAACUCGUUCGACGAACGCCAGCCGCGUUGAUCUAGGGCGAAAACUUAACCGGUGGUGUCGCGUCCAAAUCUCCGAGUGCAAACUCUUGGAAGGUUGUCGCGGCUUCGAUCCGAUUGCCGAAUCUAAUCGGGACAACGAACGCCGAUUCGAGUCCGCGAUUCGAGUGAUACACAGUGAACGAUCGAAGCCUGCGCGUGACCCCGUUUCCCGAUCGUGUUUCCCGAUAUUCUACCCGGUCAAGUUUUUCUGUGAUACUCGCGUUAUUCGCUCGAGCCUUGGAAACGUAUACGCGGCGACCAGCGACCACGUGUCGCUUUUCAACGACGAGCAGCGACGAGAAACGGAGGACAAAGUUGCGAGUUUCUUCCGAACCGUCCAUACAACUUUUUCUCACCUCGCAUCUUCGCUACUGAAUGUUCCAUUCACGCGGCCCUCUGGCUGUCCCCGUCAUCCUCGUUUUCUUCGUCGUCGUCGUCGUCGUCGUCGUCGUCGGGCUCGACAUCGAGCUCGUCACCGAGAUCACCGUUGAUGGACAACACCGCGGACCUUUUCUCCCUUUACACCAGCUGCCUUUGACUCGAUGCGAGCGGUACUCCUACGGGGGAAACAAGGAUCGAUAUUUACGAGCGAUCCCUGGGAGUGCCCUAGACAAGUGGUUGUCGUGGUUGGCGUUGUUACCGUUGUCGUCGCCGUCGUCGUCUUUGCCGUCGUCGUCGCCGCCGCCGUCGCCGCCACCGCCGUCGCUCUCGUCGUCGCCGUCGUCGUCACCGCCACCGUCACCGCCGCCGUCGCCACCGCCGCCACCGUCGUCGUCGUCUUCUUCUUCUUCGUCCUCACCGCCCUCGUCGUCGUCCUCGUCGCCCCCGUCGUCUUCUUCGUCGUCGUCGUCGCCGCCGCCGCCGUCGCCGCCGCUGCUGCUGUCGUCGUUCUUGUCGUCGUCGUAGUCAACGUCGUUGCC